AUGUCUGGAGCAGGUCCUCGGGAGAAUGUCUUCGCUACGCGUAUGGCCUUGACAAACACAAAACUCCGUCUAAAAGGAGCCGAAACCGGACACUCGUUGCUCGCAAAGAAGCGUGAUGCCCUGACCACGCGAUUUCGUGCAAUACUGAGAAAGGUGGAUGAAGCGAAGCGCAAGAUGGGUAGAGUGAUGCAGUUGGCGUCGUUUUCGAUGGCGGAGGUCACGUAUACUACGGGAGAUAUAUCCUAUAUCGUCCAGGAGCAAGCGAAACUUGCCACUUUUCGUGUCAAAGCGAAGCAAGAGAACGUGUCUGGUGUCCUCCUUCCAGGAUUUGAUGUUGAUCGCGUGCCGGGAUCUGACUUUAAUCUGACAGGUCUUGGUCGGGGAGGCCAACAGGUACUACGAGCGAAAGAGGUGUACGCUAAGGCUCUCGAAACGCUGGUGGAACUUGCGUCGCUACAAACAGCGUUCACCAUCUUGGAUGAAGUUAUUCGAGCGACAAACCGGCGAGUGAACGCCAUUGAACAUAUAAUCAUUCCGCGGUUGGACAAUACCAUCAAAUAUAUUAUGAGUGAGCUAGACGAAAUGGAUCGCGAGGAGUUCUUCAGGCUUAAGAAAGUCCAAGGCAAGAAGAAGAGAGAUGCCGGGAAGGCGGCGGAAAUCAAAGCUAUUACUGACGAGGAGGAACUGUUGAAACCCCUGGAUGAACAACAAGAAGUAACAGUGGACUUGCUGAGUACCAAGGACGAGGAUGUCAUUUUCUGA